UGGGGGGAGGGAGGGAGGGAGGGAGAGGGGAAAGAGCUGUAAAAAAAAAAAAAUCACCUGUGUUCGAUUGUAAAAUAUAGUUUGCUGUAACGCCUACGCGGCAGCUUGUAAUUUGCGGGUGUAAAGUGAAGAGAAACACCCGACCGGCCUGAAGGCUCUCCCGAGUGAGAGAAAUAGAGAGUGCCGGGGAGGAGGGGGAGACCAACUUUUCUGACGGGGCAAGGUGCCACGUAUGGGAUGAUGAUUGAUGGGUAACAGGCGGUGGAUAGAUUUUGCUUUAUAGGAACCAAAACGGCGCGUUUUCUUGGAAUGCGUUGUCCUACAGGUUCGGAGCAGUUCAUGAGCUUCUUCUCUUAUCUUUUAUCUGAAGCCUGUGAUUUUUGAAAUGAGGGUUUCACGAAGCCUUGAGGUCUGGAAAAUGGGCACCAUUAACUAUUUGGAUGCACUAAGGGUGCAGGAACAGCUGGUCUCUAAUAGAAAAGCUCAUAAAAUUCCGGAUACUCUGUUGUCCCUGCAACAUCCACCUACAUAUACCCUUGGUAAACGACGAACUGAUCACAAUUUAUUGAUCCCUGAGUCUGACCUUAAAAAGAUGGGAGCUGAACUUCACUACACACAAAGAGGAGGAGAUAUCACAUUUCAUGGUCCACAUCAAGCCAUUUUGUAUCCCAUUAUUUCUCUUCGGGAUAUUGGACUUGGUGCUCGUAAUUAUGUGGAGAAGCUUGAGUUAACUAUGAUUGAACUGGCAUCUCUUUACGGUGUGAAAGCUUGUGCUGGGCAAGCAGGCGAAACUGGUGUUUGGGUUGGAGAGAGAAAGAUUGGUGCUAUUGGGGUUCGAAUUUCAUUUGGAAUCACCUCUCAUGGGUUGGCCUUCAACAUCGAUCCUGAUUUGAACUAUUUUAAGCAUAUUGUACCUUGUGGGAUUGCCGAUAAAGAAGUUACGUCUUUGAGAAAGGAGACAGAUUUGGUGCUUCCUGCUGAAGGAGUAGUUCAUGAGCAGUUAAUUUCUUGUUUUGCAAGACAGUUUGGUUAUAGCAAUCUUCUUUGGAAGGAGAAUGGAUUAAUUUCGUAGAAAGGAAGGAGAAAACUGAAGGUCAUGCUAUUGUCUACCACAAUCAGUCUAUGGAAGCGCUAUUGCACUCUAUUUCAAUUUAUUUAUUGAAAUGUACUACAGAAAAUGUUGAUUUCUUUUUUGAUGUUUUUAAAAUGUGUUAGCGUUGAUUCCAGUUUAUGUAUGGGAAAAACUAAUGAAAUUCGGGUAUUACAAGAUCUUGUAAACUUGUCAGAAAAGCAAAAAAGUCCCAAGUUUUUGUAAUAUCUGUGGCUGUUACCACUUUCCUGAUGUGGACUUGGAGCCGUCAAAACAGUCACAACAGCUUUGCAAGGGGAUGAAAGAUGAGCUUGAUGGAGAAAUGGUUGCUUUGGGCAAUGAACGGGGACAUUAAGGAGAGAGCCUCAACAUCGGCAAUGGUAGGGAACCCCGAACGAGCAAUACAUUCAAGUAAAGGAUCAGUUUUGCAUGGGUUGUCCAGGGCUUGGUGGAAUUUUUCGUUGUUUCUGACUUCCAACUUUAUUUUAUCUCAUCAAUAUUUGAAGGUUUCUAUGCAUUCUUUUGUAAGAGAAGAGACUAUUGAAUCGUGUUGUGAGAAUACAAAAUGGAACUGUUUUGUCAA